UCAUCUGUGCAUCCGUCAUUGAACAAAAAAAAAAGGUUUCGAAUGAAUGAACGGGUUAUCAUGGACAAAAUUCCAGAUCAGAUUGGUUAUUUGGUGUUAGCUGAGGACGGCGCUGUUCUUGAGUCAGGCGGAGAGUUGGAGAACGACGAACGAGUAGCAACUAUUAUAACUGACCUCAUCACUUUAUCUAACAAGGUAGAUCCUGCUGCCUUUGCACCUAAUGAGCAAUUCAAGAAAAUAACAAUAACAUACGACGAUCACUGGUUUGUAGUUUGCCUCUCCAACAAAAAGAUUUAUGUGGUGAAGAAAAAUAUUCCAAUAUCUACUACUGAAGGUACAACUGUGAAUGUUUGA